AUGACCGAGAGAGUUGUCGGACCCUUUGGCCGGAACACCGGCCACCCCUUCCAGCUCUUCCCCAACCAGCGGUCCACCGCGCGGCGCUUCACCGUGCGGAUCGGGCAGGGCUCCGGCGACGCGCAGGGCUUCAUCGUCGUCAAGGGCAUCGAGAUCGAGUGGUUCAACGGCGAGCGCGUCUCCGUCUACAACCGCCCGCAGCCCGACGACUCGAGCUCGACCUUUGAGUUCCAGGAGGGCGAGCGGGCCAGCUGGACCGUCUGGGCCGGCUGGCGCAUCGUCCGCUUCGAGAUCAGCACGACGCUGGGCCGGACCUGGGCGUUUGGCGGCACGUCCGGCACGCGCUUCCCCAACAUCGUGUCCAACGGGCAGCUGAUCGGCAUGGAGCUCAGCUCGGGCUGGGAGGUGGACUGGGCCAAUAUCACGUUCCUGGUGCACGGCGGGCGGGAGGCGGAGGCGGAGGCGGAGGCGGACGUGCAGGAGGCAGGCUGA